AUGGAGUGGUGGAAGUUGGUGGUCAUAGCUGCUCAGAUACUGAGGGCUUUAGCUGACAACAGCCAUGGCCUCCAAGAACUUCCAGAGGUGCAAUGUGGGGAGGAGAACAUGCAGAUCAUUGUGCCCCAGCACCUGAAGCAAGAUUCCAAGAUGAAGGUUUUAAGAAACCUGUCCAUAGGAUGGCCUCUGGUGGAGGGUCAUGUGACCAGAAAACUCCAGACAAAUCACUCGUUCUUCUCCACUGAAAGACGCCACAUCUGCACUUGCAAUGUUGAGAAUGACACCCACUUUGUGUUGACUCUUGGGCUCACUAAGAAACAAGAUGGUGGAAAGAAAGUCACUGCGAGGAAGGAGAUGACUUGUGCUGUGGGAAUCUACCAUGACUCUCCAAUUCCAAGCCAGUGUGAUUCCGUCGUAAGGUCAGACAGACUGAGCUGUACAAGUUCUCAGGACUCGUGUGAAACUAUGGGGUGCUGCUACGAUCCUGACAGUAUUACUCCAUGCUACUAUGGAAACAAAGUGACUGCCCGCUGCACAUCAGACGGCCUCUUCUCCAUUGCCCUUUCAAACACCUUGACUGUGCCACCGCUGAACCUGACAUCUGUGCGACUGCUCCAAAAUGGUGGCCCAGAAUGUAAUCCAACAGCUAGCAAUGGCUACUUCCUCCUCUACCAGUUCCCAAUUUCUGCUUGUGGAACCACCUACAAGCUGGUUGGGGACCAGGCGGUGUAUGAGAACCAGCUGGUGGCAUCCAAAACUUUGAGGACCUGGAACAGUAUAGCAAUUACCAGAGACUCCACCUUCAGAUUAUUGGUUCGCUGUAGUUUUGCAGUUAGCGGCUUACUCCCAUUGAAAGUGGAUGUAGUGACCCUACCACCCCCACCACCUGUGUCAAGUAUAGGACCUAUUAACUUUGAAUUGAGAAUCAGUUUAGAUUCCAGCUACAUCACUUAUUAUACGGGCUCUGAUUAUCCAGUGGUAAAAGUCCUGAGGGAUCCAGUGUAUGUGGAGGUCAGAAUCUUGCAGAGAAGGGACCCGAAUCUUGUCCUUGUCCUACACCAGUGCUGGUCCACGCCAUCUCCUGACCCUCUGAGCAGCAUCCAGUGGCCAAUACUUAUUGAUGGGUGUCCAUUCACUGGUGACAACUACAUGUCUGAUGUGAUUCCUGUAGCUCCAGGUUCUGCUUUACCUUUCCCUUCUUACUACUCGCGGUUUGAUGUGAAGACUUUUACCUUUGUGGAUCAGAACACGGAGAUGCCUCUUGCAGGACAGGUAUACAUUCACUGCAGCGCUUCUGCCUGUGUCCCCUCUCCAAGUGACAACUGCGCUACCGUGUGUAACAGACAACUCCAAACCCCCUACUUCUCUCCACACUGA